AUGUCUUUUGGAUGUAGUCCAUCUGAUGUGUUGAAGCUGUUGGAGAUCUCGACUCGUGUAUACCUUGCUUUCAAAGAUGCAAAUGAGAAUUCAGAAGCUCAAGUUAGUGGGCUUGUGAAAGAGUUCACCACCUUCCAUACUUGUCUCGAACAGCUAGGCGAAUUGAUGAAACAAUAUGGCCAACCAAUGCCAUUUCCUGUCAAAGAUUUCGAAGACACGCUGAAGAAGUGUGAAAAGACCCUGGAACCAUACGCUGAUCAUCUCGUCGAUAGGAAGAUGUCCGUUAAGAAGUUCAUCUUCACUAUCCGCUAUAUAGGUAUGGAAAAAGAAAUCGAUGGAUUGAGGAAACAGAUCAGCGGUCACUACCAAGCUCUCAACAUGUGCAUCUCAUUUCUCCAGUUGCGGCUUCAUCUCGAAGCAACAAAGCAAACUCAACGUCUUCUCGAUGCCGCGCCAUCUCGUACAGUAAACAUGGGUCGCCGCUCAUACUCCACUCACAGUCUUGGAAUUCCCAGCAACCAUACGCCAUUAGCGCUUGCGCCUCCUGAUGAACACCCAUUAUUCAGCGAAUGGAAGAUUUUUGAUAGAUGGCUACAAAGCGAGGAUGAACGCAUAGCUCAAGAAGCGGGAUCGUCACGGCCCCUAUCGCUAGGUGAUAUACCCGCUUCUGUACCGAGCGGCGAUGUUCAAACCGCUGCAGUGCUGUAUCAACUUAGGCGACAGGUUGACGAUGCGAUACUCAUUGAAGAAAAUCGCGCGAAGCGGGCUACUGCCGAGAAACGAACACACCUGAUCCCGAGCGACACGAUGAAGCAGGAGGUCCGCGAUAUGCCACCAGCACCACCACGAGUGUAUACCCUCAAGACAAACCAUUCUGGUGACUUUACGGAGUUUGGCCAAGAACUGAUGAGUGACUCGACAGCCACCAUCCGUCCCAGCCUGAGCAUACGACCAUCGUCCCCAGAUUAUUUUGGCUCGUUCAACUGGACACAGUCGCCGACAUCAAAGUCUCUUUGUUCAGGCCGAACUGCGUCUAUUUCUACAACAAGAAGUAGCGAAUGCUAUUCGGCAGGUACUACCCCAGAAAAACCGCUAUCUCCCACGCUGCAGCGCAGUCUUUCGCGCACAUCGCUGGCCACCAUGGCAUUAGGUGACGCUGCACUCGAUUGGAAGCGCGUCUGUCGCAAUGUGCAGGUUGAACGAAAGUCUUUAAAGUACGGGCCCGAGAACCGUGAAUGCGAAGUUCGGUGGCGAUAUCGAGAAGAUACUGGCAUCUCGCUACGAGCAGUAUAUUAUUCUAGCCAAGAUGGAAAACAACGCAUUUGGACUGAACAGCAUUUCCCUGCCACCGGUCCAUCGAUACCAUUGACUACCACGUACGCUGACGGUGCAGUGUCUAUUGAUUUUCCGCGUGGUUCGUUCGGGAGACUUUACAAACAGUACAUUGACAUUAAAUAUACAUUUGUGGGUCACGAAUCAGCGGACAAGUUCCAAACCUUAUUAUACACCAACAACGGCGUCGAUCCUGCCGAACUUAAAUUCGAUCGACCUAUCCUGGCCAUAUCAUCAAAUAAAAAUCCGACUGAAUGUCGUAACAAGAAUCUGCGAUUAUGGCGGCGCGUUGAGACGCAGCUGGUAGAUGGCGAGCUCAUCACAUCCGAGGUUCUGGUGGUGCUAUUCUACACAAGUGCGUUGGAAGAAGAUAAAGGUCACUGGGUUGAGGAGCCACAUUACGCGUUCGAGUGGCUUGCAGAUUCUAUCUACAAGAAAGAAAGCGACAGGCUUACUCUUGUCUUUUCAAAAGACCCAUCGCGUUGGGCGACCGAUAAGUUGUUCAAACGCCGCAAGUCAUCGACCCGGUCCGAGUCCGAGCCUGUGAACUCUUCUCUCUUCGAAAGAAAACGAAACGACUCUAUGGAGAUGGCAGAAGCGCGAUUAGAAAGUGGGGUCUCAGGGUCACUGAACGGCUCGCUCAAGUCGCAGAGGAACAUAUUUGGAAAUGGCAGUGGAUUUUCGAGAGCAGGCAACCUAAAUCGGUUUGGGUAUUCGGAAUUUGACAUCAAGUUUCAAGGUAAGAAGGAUAGAAGGGCAUUUUUAGAUGUCUGGAAGCAACACGUGAAGCCGUUAGUUGCGGCUCCAUGA